AUGAGAGGCGCCAAACGGACAUUGCUAAAACACUUGCAAGCAAAUAUCCAACGAAACUUCCAAUCCUGAAAUAUCAGAAAAUGGGCACUCUCCAACUCAACUCUUAUGGUUUAGCUUCCCUGAAAGUUCCCCAAAACUUGAAGCAAACUACCAACACUCUCAAAAACCUUAAGCCCCCCACCCAUAUUAGUUUCUCCAGGCUGAAAAUCAGGGCCGUAGGAACGGUACCGGAGAGUAAAUCCGAUGCCAAGGAGCCUGAAGAUCCACCUUCCAUCAAUUUUGCAUUUGUUCAUUCUGUGUUACUACCAGAUGGAACACCUGAUGUGCAUUUUCGUACAGCCUGUGGUGGGCAGAAGCUUAGAGAUGUAAUGUUGGAUUCAAAUAUUGAAUUGUAUGGACCAUAUGCAAGACCUUUGCUAAAUUGUGCUGGAACAGGAACCUGUGGGACUUGCAUGGUAGAGGUUAUAAUGGGGAAGGAGUUGCUUAACCCUCGUGCAGACACAGAGAAGGAAAUACUCAAGAAGAAACCCAAAAACUGGAGACUUGCUUGCCAAACCACAGUUGGUAAAACAGAUUCUAGAGGACUGGUUGUCAUCCAACAACUGCCUGAGUGGAAAGCUCAUGAAUGGAAAUAUGAGAAACUAUUGCCUCCUGAAUUAUCACAAUAAAGACUUUUUUUUUUUGUACUGGCCAUAUUGUUAGUUCCAA